AUGGUACUGACUCGUGCCCAACCUAAUACAUCCCUAAUCCUAAAAACCCUAUUCGCACCAUUGUUAAUCCCGAUUUUCAUCACUGGUUUAAAAAGGAUCAGACUUGUAAUCCACUCUUCACUCUCUGAAAGCAUCCUUCCCUAUAUAGUUGGCUCGUCUACCUCUCGAGACCUCUGGCUCACUCUUGAAAAGAGAUUUGCUGCCAUCACAAUAUCCCACCUUUUACAGCUCAAAGCUUGUAUUCAAAAUCUCAAAAAGGGGUCUCUACCCAUGCUGGACUAUCUUCAGCUUAUCAAACACACUGUUGACUCUCUUGCUGCUGCUGGUGAUCCUCUUGACCCUACAGAUUUCAUUGCUUAUAUUCUCAAUAACCUCCCUGCUGAGUAUGAUGCCUUCUCUACCUCCAUUAGGGUUUGUUUUGACCUUGUAGACCCAGAAGAACUCCAUGGCCUCCUACUUAGUGAGGAAAUGGCUCUUGACCAACGUGCCUCUCUCAACAAUGACUCCUCAGCUCAUGCAUUUCACAACUCCUCCCAAACCAACAACAAAGCUUUCUCCUUUACCACAAACUCUCACCCAUCUUCCUCCACCAAAAGAAACUCCAACAAACCUUUCCAAUCCUCCAACAACUCCUCAUCCUCGUCUUCUUUUCGGCCUCCAUAUCACCCCUCUAAUUAUGUCAACUCUCGCAUCAAAUGCCAAAUUUACAACAAACCAGGUCAUACCGCUAUUACUUGCUGCAUUCGUCACAACCACUCAUAUCAAGGUCAUGCACCUUCCCCUCGUCCCACCUCUUAUUCUCCCACAACCCAUAAUCCCAUUGCCUCUUACACCUCAUAUCCCUCAAUUCAUCCCUACCAUACAUCCACAUGGUAUGCUAAUACAAGAGCUACAAACCACGUCACUCAUGACUUAUCUAGCAUCUCAAUGCCAUCUGAUUAUACUGGUUCUGAAAAGGUAGUAGUGGCUAAUGGGCAGACUCUUGACAUACACCACUCUGGUAACUCCAUACUCUAUUCUCCUUCCUCUAAGUUUUCUCACAAAAACAUUCUGCACACACCACAUGCCACUCAUAAUCUUCUCUCUAUUCACAAGUUUUUUAAUGACAAUAACUGCCAUCACAUAUUCACUCUCUCUGCAUGUUUUGUAAAAGACAAUCUCACAGGCAAAAUCCUUUUUCGAGGCCAUACUGAAGGUGGCUUAUAUCAUAUUCACCUCUCUUCUCACAAGACAUCACCUUCUUGUCUCAUCAUCACUGCUUCUCCAUCUCUUUGGCAUCAAAGGACUGGCCAUCCUUCUGCUCAAAUAUUGCAACAAAUCAUCUCCAAAAACAAUCUUCCAGUUUUAGGCAAAUUUAAGGAUCUAUCUUUUUGUAAUUCUUGUCCGUUGGGCAAGCAAACUAAGCUUCCUUUUCUCUCUACCCCAUGUAUUUCACGUUCUCCUAUGGAAUUAAUUCAUACAGACCUUUGGGGACCAUCUCCUACUCCAUCUCUUUGUGGUUUUCAUUAUUACAUCAUUUUUAUUAAUGACUAUUCUAAAUAUUGCUGGCUUUAUCCUUUACUCACCAAGUCUGCUGCUCUCACUGCUUUUAUACAGUUCAAAAUACACGCUAAAAAGUUACUUGACCACAAAAUUCGCACUUUAAGAUGUGACAAUGGUGGUGAAUUCACCAACAUUGCCUUUCAACAAUUUCUCAUUGCUAAUGGUAUAAACCAACAGUUUUGCUACCUUCACACUCCUGAGCAAAAUGGCUUAGCCGAGAGAAAACAUCGCCACAUCAUUGAGCUCACAAGAACUUUGUUUGCUCAAUCUAAUCUUCCAUUAAACUAUUGGGUUGAGAUUGCUCAAACCUUGCUUAUGGGUGCACAUGUUAUCCCUGGUUAA